GUUACAGCUAUGUUUGUACUUUCUUAAUAUUUGCAUCUUUGCGUUUUCCAUUUUGGUCUUGCAAAGUGCAGGCGCCGUGGUGCGACCUGUUGUUAGGCUUUGGAAUCCGCCGGGGUAAUGAUUCUGAAGUGCUCAAAGACCUAUCGAUACAUGGAUUAUCCCCAAAUGCUAAUACAGUUUACUUGUGACGAGUCACAUAGAUUCAACGCUGCGACUACUUGUGCGAGGCUGGGAACGGGAGCUGCCACGACUUGACUGUCUACUUCGGUGCUUGUGCGUAAAGCGAUGGAAAUUGUCUGCAACAACUACGCAAUUCCUUGAGGAUAACGCUAGAGUCAUGAAAGGAUUGCGGAAUAAGGCCGGGCUUGGGGUAUCCGCGCCAGGCCUCUUGCUGGUUUUCCUUACGCUCUGCAGCUUGCACCAAACUAUAGUAGCACAGCCUACUUUACUGUUCGGCGUGGCUGCCAGCCUUACUGGCCCAUACAGCGAAUGGAGCGACGCGGUCAAUGGCUUCAAGCUAUGGGAGAGCACCUUGAAUGCUGCAGGCGGAAUUUCCAUGCGAGACAUAAACGGCACUGUAUAUAAGUACAACGUGAAGCUGGUGGUCCGCGAUGACGCCAGCACAGCGGCUGGGCACGCCGCGGCCGUGUCACAGCUGCUCAACACAGACCAGGUCCAGUUCGUGCUGGGGGCGUCGCCAGUGUUCGCGGAGAGUGAGACCAUUGCGGUGCAGGCCGCGGGCCGCCUCAACUUCCAGUGCUGCGCCGGCGCAGCCACCAUCUAUGCACGUGACCAAAAGAACGUCUUUGGCAUGGCAGUGGACAACUCCUUGUUCACACAGGAGCUAUUCACAGAGUACCGGUCCAACAACAUUUACAAAAUUUCUGUGGUGUAUCGGGAGGACGUCCAGGAGCUCGCUUCGCAGUGCCAGGGCGUUGUUGCACAAGCCAAAGCCCAGCUGUUGACGUUGUCGCUGGAGCUCAAGUACACAAACAGCACGAACGCCACGAUUUCGGGUCUCGCGGACCAGAUCGCCGCAGCCCCCCAGGAGGCACUCAUUAUGUGCGGGCUGGCGAGCGAGAGCGCUGACAUGGUGCGCGCUAUUGACGCGCGGCGUAAGCCGCUCAAGUCCAUCGUAAUGACGGGUGGAGCUUACGCCAGGGACUGGAACGACGCGCUGGGAGACUUGUCCGUGGCAGUCACUUCGCUAGCGCAUUGGUCGCCGGACCUGCCCCGCAAGGAUGACUUCUGGGGAGAUGCGCCCACAUACGCUGGCAAGUACAAAAGCAUCUACCAGAAGGAAGCAACCCAAUGGGCAGCUGCCGCUUCUGCAACCGGCUACGUGCUACACACGACCCUUGCCAACAUCUUCCGCCGCUGCACAAUCAGCGCCGCGGCAGCGGCCAACCCUUCGCUCCUGUUCUUCACCCAGGACGCCAUCAGUUGCGCCGACAACAAUAACCGCGGCCACGACCGGCUGGUCGCUGCGCUGCCCCUCACCAAUAUGGACAGCGUCUUCGGCGUCGUGUCUUUCAACAGGUUCCGUCAGAACCAGGGUUACGACCCGGUCACGCUGCAGACGUACGAGGUCACUGAGAACCUGAAGCUCGCCUUCAAGCCCUCCCUGGUGCUGCCGCUGCUUUCGGCCACCCGGCCCCUGCUACUGCCGCAGACGAACCGGUACAUUGAGGUUUGCCAGCCGGGCACGUUCCGCGGCCCCGACGCCUUCGUGCCCUGCACGGCGUGUCCGACAGGCCAAUUUCAGGAGUUCCCGGGAAAAACCAACUGCGAGCUCUGCCCCAAAGAUUACUUCGGCAAUACGACUGCCAUGCCCGACUGCCUGGCCUGCCCUACCAACACCCUCACCUUCCAGCGCGGCUCCACCAACCUGACCGACUGCUCCUGCCAGCCUGGAUACUUCAACCGUCUAGGCCUGCCGGGGCUGCCUUGUGAGGCGUGCCCCAGCAACGCCUUCUGCGCGGGCGGCACCGCGCUACCUUCGCCCGACCCCGGAUUCUAUGCCGAGCAGUCCGCGCCCUUCACCAUGUACCCCUGCAACCCCUCCUCCGUGUGCGACGGCAACUUCACGUGCGCCAAGGGUUACCGCGGCCGCAUGUGCUACUACUGCGCCCCGGGGCACUACAGGUUCUUGGGCAACUGCGUGGCUUGCCCCGGCAACUCGUCGGCGGUCAUUGGGUACCUGCUGGUGAUGGCACUGCUGUGGGUUAUCAUCAACGUCUCCUUCGCUCGUACAGUCGAGAACCUGAUGGUCAUCAUCAACUUCUGCCAGAUGCUUUCCAUUGUGGUCGGCUUCUCAUUGAACUGGCCAAAGACGCUAUACACCGUCAUGAGUUUCAGCUCCAUCCUUUCAUUCGAGGUGGACUCCCUGGAGCCCACGUGCCUUGUCCACGGCUGGGGGUUCGCAAACAACCUGGUCGUGCAGCUGCUGCUGCCGCUGAUGAUUGCGGGGCUGGUUGGGCUGUGGUGCGCCAUCACGUAUGCCAUGUACAAGUACAAGCAGUGGGGCAUGACGCGCUCCGUCCGCGCGGCGGCCAGUCUCAAGAUGUCCCAGGAGGAGCCGUGGAAGCAGGUCAUGUGGGCGCUGCUAGACGUGCCGCAAGACAUUCGCGAGCUGCGUGAGACGUUCCUGGAGCGCGCCGCGGUGCCGCUGAACUUCCUAAACAUCGGCUUCCUAGUGCUUUUGAAGUACUGCCUGUCAUCGUUUCGUUGUGAGCGAAUUAACGGCGUCAUGUACAUGUACAUGUCGCCAAACGACAUGUGCUACACAACCAAGCACUGGAACCUGAUGCUACUGGGCACUACAGGACUCAUUGUCUACUCGGGCGGCUUCAUUUACCUGUACGGGCACGCAAUGCGCGCGCUGGCCAAGUCACGCUGCCUGGGUGACAAGAAGCCGCUGCUGCUGUACGGCUGGAUGUACGAGCGUUACGAGGCGCAGUACUACUGGUACGAGUCCGUCAUCAUCCUUCAGAGGACUGCGUUCGUGCUGGUGUCUCUGUUUGUUCUGGACCCAGCACUACAGGCGGUGCUGUGCAUGGUGGUGUGCGUCGUCGUGCUACUGUUGGAUAUCCGCACCUCAUCUUACGUGGACAAGCAGAUCCAUAUCCUGCAGGCGGGUGUGGACGGCGCCCUCGGGGCGGUGCUGGUGGCGGGACUGCUCUUCUACAACCCGCUCGUGUCCAACACCGUGGUCAAUGUGGUCUCGUACGUGCUCCUCGCACUGGUGCUGGCAGCGUUUGGCUCCGCCGCCAUUUCGGUGGGCCAGCGGCUGGUCGAGACGCUGGUGCUGCUGUGGCUGAUGAGCAAGCACCGACCCAUCGCCUACAAGAUGGGACAGCGCGUCCGCGGCUAUCGACACAUGUACCAGGUGUUUGGCGCCGCCUUCCUGUUCAACUGGCUGCGUCGCUGCACGGCCGAGGAGUGGGACGACUGGCACAAGCUGUGCAUGGUGCUGAUCGACUACGUGCACCCCACCUCCGAGGUGUCGUACCUGUCCCUCAAAAAGGUGGGCCGCUUCUGGCGCUACCUGCUCUCCAACUUCCCAGAAACAAUUGAUUACCUGGCGUCGGUCAGCGAGGAGCAGCGUGAUCACUUCAACAGCUUCAUCGAGGUCUUGUACGACAACUUCUUUGACACCAAGGAGGAGCACCACACGCAGCUCAACUUCUUCGUGCAAGACAAGUUUAAGGCCGCAUUUGCGCAGUGGCUGUCGAGUUGCGACGAGGACGAUCGCGACUUCUGCCAAUCAAUCAUGAAGACGGCCGUCGCCAAGGCGCGUGGCGCCAAGGCCGCGAACGAGCUCACUGCGGCGAUGACUCGCUCCUCAAAGCAGCUGAGCAACGUCAUGGUGGUGGCAUCCGCGGUUGACAAGUUCAAGCGCGGCCUCGUCUCCAACAGCAACAAGAGCGCCGCUGGUAACGACGGCGCGAACAGCGGCAAGACCGACCGCGCCUCGUUGGCCCAAGUGGUGGGCAUGUUUGACCGGUCGACCCACAACGCAGAGCUCGACAGCGACAAAAAUGGGCCGCUCACGGAUCAGGUGCUUCCGCACACCGUGAGCAAUCUCGAUGAGGCCCCGGAUCUAGCGGACGGCGGCCCGGUUCACACGGGCCUAUACCAGCGCGGCCAAAGGAGCGGCACAGCCGCAUCAGGCUCUUCUUCUGGCAACGGCAAUGACGGCGAGCGGCUGGUGCUGCCAGCCGGAAUGGCAGCGGCGCUCGCCGCGGCCAAGGCACCCAGCGUCGCCAGCGGAUACCGGGACAGCGGCAGCGGCGGCGGCAGCAAGCAGGGAAGCGGCCGCCGCGCCGGCAGUGCCCGCAGGGCGCCGUCCGGAACGGUGGAGCUGAGCGGACGCAGCGGCCUCGCCGCAAAAGCACCGCAGUCGCCGGCGCAGCUGCAGCAGCCGGUCAAGCUCCACGAUAACGCGCUGUUUGGCGCCGUGGAGGAUCUGUCUUCGGAGAUGGCUGCCGUUCCUGCUGAUGCUGCCGGCGGGGUGCGCCCCUUGUCUGGUGGCACGCCGCCGCGCUCCGCGCCAGGCACGCCGCGCAGCGCCACCGCCAAGCUGCAUACCAUGAAGGCCGCUUCGGCGGUGGACGGCGGCCUCGCUUUGGACAUGGGCAUCGACCCGGAUGUGGAAGAGCUGCAUCUGGGUGACCACCACGACGCCGGCAAAACCUCGGCAACGCAGCCGCCGGCGGCUGACCGCGCGCCCAGCAGCAGCCUUUCAGGGGCGGCUGUGCCGGCGUCGGUGGUGCAGCACAGGCUGGGCACGGCGAGCGGCGCGCCGCCGCGUACGCCGACGACUGCGUCCUUGUUUGGCGGUAUGAUGGUGCGCGGCACCGGUGCGAGCGGGGACGGCGGUGGCGGCGGCACCGGAGGCAACCAGCAGCGGCGGCUCAGCGGGGUGUCUCAACAGGGUACUAGUGCCGCUGGUGGUGACGUGAUGACGUUUGAACGGCAGGACACAAUCCCCGAGUACAUUAUCCCCGAGUAGCCUGCCCGGCCAGCCUGCCCGAUGCUGCAAGCUUGCGUUGAGACCUGGUAUGACGGGGCCAGGUAUGAAACACGAGUACUGCUGGAGUGGUUCGGCCCUAAGGCAGUAGCAAUUGCGUUUGGACAUGAAACGAGGCGUACACCUGCUGCAGAGAUUCCUUCGACACGCAUCCAUUUGCAACGUUUGCGGCUCGUGUGAACUGUUUGGUGCAUUCAUACUAGAAUUGCGUGCGCGGGUGGGGGGUGUGCUUGCAUGUUGUUUGAAUAUCUGGCUUGGUGCCAUAAGCCUUGAACCAGGACUGCCCAGCCUGUCCUGCCUGUAUCGUACGUGGGGACCAUCCGAACAUGGGGGGGACAGCGUGGGAGGGCAGUGAGCCUGUGGCAAGUUGCUGCGGUAUUGCUGCCUGGGCACGGGGCACGCACGCUUCCGACUUGUAGUUACUGCCUAUCGUAUCAGCCUUUCACUUCUUCAUUGAUUAAGCAUUCUUGCAGGGCUUGUCUGCAAUUUCAGGAUGGAUGGCUGGAACAGUGCCAGUCCCACGCUUGAGGCUAUUGUGUGACCCAGGCAUGCCGAGCUGGUGGCAGGUGUCUCGGGGGUCAGUGAUCACGUAGAUGACGCCGCCGAGGUGCCGACCCUUGUGGCUUGCCGUAUGAUGGGCAAUACGCCGCGGACGGCUUCCGGGUUUCGUGGGGUCGAGGUGGAGCAGUGGCUGAAGAGCGGCGUAGCUCAGCUGCGGCGCCUGGAUUUGCCGUCAUUGAUCGCUUUUGUAGAACUGCGCAAUUUUCGACACCGGACGUGUGAUGUUGUUGUCUGGGGGACAAGGA